AUUUGAUCGAACGUCAUGUAAGUUAACGAGUGUUUGAAUUUAAUGUUUAUAUUUUGUACUUUAAGCUUUAAAAGCACAUUUGCACGGCGAAUUAGUAUUAUGAAUCUCAAUUAAAAGCUAUCGAUGUAAUAAUUUUUUAUAAAUAUCAUAAUUCAUCUAAGCUUUGACGGCGAAGAGAUUUCAUUCAUUGUUUUUAAUAUUAAGCAAAGCAGUUUUAAAAAAAUGGUCUUAAAGAAGAUUUAUACUCUUGUGUUUUUACGAAAUGAAAAGAAGAUUUUAUUAGGAUUGAAAAAACGUGGUUUUGGGAUUAACAAAUGGAACGGUUUUGGCGGCAAGGUGGAACAAAACGAAUCUGUUAUAGAGGCCGCGAUAAGAGAAAUGAAAGAAGAAUGCUGUGUAACUGUUAAGAAAGAUGAUUUGAAGAGUGUCGGACAAUUAGAAUUUACUUUCGAAGGGGACCCAGUUAUGAUGGACGUUCGAGUGUUCUCAGGAGUUGUUUAUUAUGGAACCCCUACUGAAACUGAGGAAAUGGCGCCGAAAUGGUUUACGUACGACAGUAUCCCUUUCGAUGACAUGUGGCCAGAUGACAGACUGUGGUUCCCUUACAUGUUAAAUAACAAACUGUUCUAUGGCAAAUUUCAUUACAAAGAUUUAGACACAAUAUCGAACUAUGAUAUUCGAGAACUCAAAUCAAUGGAUUCAUUCUACGCUUCUAGAGAACAGAAUAUUUCUCCGAAAGAAAAAAAUUAAAUGGGAAAAUUAAUUACUCUAUUUUGUUCCUUUAUUAUUUGUCUUAAUUAUUGUGAUAUUAGAAGUUGAUAUUCAAAUCUUCAAGUUAGUCACCUACUGUUUAUACCUAAAAUAAGAUUUCAAAAUGGGUUUGACUCGGUUGAAAAAAUCUCAUUCGUAGUUUAUCAACUUUCAUAACAUGCUUUAGAUAAAAGUUCAAGUGAUCUUCAUAGAAUUAAGAUUAAUACAAAUAACAUAGUUUUUUUGCUGCUUCUGUUUGAACCACCUUUCUCUAAAUUAUUUCUUGUUAUACAACCUUGGUCUUAUAUUUAUUAUUAUGUAAGGGCAUUAAAGUUAUAAUUUAUGAA